AUGAAUGGAGAUUCUAUAGGUAAACUUCAUAGAGACGCUCACAUAAAACAGCGACGCGGUGAACGUGUUGACGCAACGCGCAUGUGCUGCGCUAUUUCUAUUGAAGCAAAUUUGAGAAAUAGUAGAGGUGUAAUGAGACAAAGGAAUCCCGGCGACUGGCCGCCGCCCGCCGGCCUGGCGCCAAGCCAGGCGGCCCUGGCGUCGCCUGUGUCGGCCGCCAGCACGCCGCCAGCUUCUCCUACCUAUCACGUCUCUUCGCACUAG